UGUACACCAGUCUUAUUUUCCAGAACAACACCUGACACACCCCCAAAGAAACCACUAUAAAACCGCAGAGUAUUUGCGAGUAAAAUCAGAUUUGAUUUUGCACAAGUCAACCCAACAACCAUCAACAUGUUCAAAUUGCUUUUCUUCUUUGCCCUUUUGGCCAUCGCUUUUGCCGUCCCCAAGGCUGAACCCCAACCCCAAUUCUACUAUGGAGGCUAUGGAGGUUUGGGAUACUCUGCCAUUGGUUAUGGACACGGAUACGCUGCUCCCUACGCCUACGGUGGCUAUGGAUCUUACUAUUACUGAUGAAAUAGGCCUCUAAUCAUGUACACACUUCAACUUAGAUUUAGAAUUAAAAAAUGAAAAAAUCAAAAAA